GGAUACUAUCUUGUGAUUAGUCAGUAACUCUUUGAUCACGGGCUUGUAUUUCAUCGUGUUGAAACAAAAAAUCAAAAUGAAAACAAUCGUUAUCUUGCUCGCUGUUUCUUUCGUCGCCGUCUUGGGUGAAUUCACAGAAGAAGAAAAGACAACUUUUGAACGGAAUAAGAACGAAUGUAUGACUGAAAAUAACAUCGAUCCAGCCAUAUUUGAAAAAUUAAAGAAAGGGGAAGCAGAUGAAAAUGACGAAAACUUAGCCUGUUUCAGUACCUGUUUGUUAAAGAAAUUAGGAAUUUUGGCUGAGGAUGGAACAGUUAAUUACGACGAAGUUCGUAUUCAGAUGUCAAAACAUGGUGUAUCAGAAGAAAAAAUCGAACAAAUGAUUACCGAAUGUCAAAAAGUUGUUUUAGGCAUUUCCCAGGAUGAAGAAGUAGCGUUUCACUGUAAGAUUAUUUGUUAUAUCCAGCUGUCCAAAUUCAACGAGGCAUUACAACUUAUUGUUAAAACACCCAAAUUAGCAACAAAUUUGGAAUUUGAAAAAGGAUAUUGUCUGUAUCGGUUAAAUCAAGUUUCUGAAGCAUUAAAAGUGAUAGAAAAUGUACAAAAUCCUUCUCUAAAGAUUAAAGAACUAAAAGCUCAGAUAUUGUAUCGCCUAGAGAAAUACGAAGAAUGUUUUGCAGUAUACAGAGAUAUAAUUAAAAAUUCAAAUGACGAGUAUGAAGAGGAAAGAGAAACAAAUCUUGGAGCUGUGCUUGCAAACUUAGCAAUUGAAGGUUCAGAUUUAGAAGUUCCUUCUUUACGUGAACAUACUUAUGAAUUAACAUACAAUGCAGCAUGCCGUUUACUUGCUCAAGGAAAUGGAGAUGAUAAAGCUAUUUUAGCAGAAGCAGAAAAGAAAUUGCGAACCGCUGAGAAAAUGUGCAAGGAAGGAUUGGAAGAAGAUGGAGUAUCUGAAGAGGAGAUUGAAAAUGAAUUAGGUGUAAUACGAGUACAGCUUGGAUAUUGUUUACAAUUACAAGGUCGAGAAAAAGAAGCACAUGCAUUAUAUACUGCUGCUUUAAAAGCCAAGCCAGAUGAUAUUGCAUUGGUUGCUGUAGCUAGUAACAAUUUAGUAUGUCUAAAUAAAGAUCAAAAUGUUUUUGAUAGUAAAAAAAGAAUGAAAAGUGCCACUCACGAAAGUUUAGAGCACAAAUUAACUUCUAAGCAAAGAAGAAAUAUUGCAUACAAUCAGUGUUUACUAGCAUUUUACACUGAUCAAGGAGAACAAUGUUACCAACUGUGCAAUAAUCUUGCAAAAGAUUGCAUUAUUCUUGCAGCAGAUGCAAUGUUCAUAAAAGCUGUACAACUUAGUAAAGAAGGUAAACCAAAAGAAGCAGCAAAACUAUUAAUCGAACAUGCAGUCGGCGAAAAGGAAUUAUCUAUGAAAUUGGCUAGCGUGCAAGUACUUUUAAGUCAAGAUGAAAGAAAAGAUGCAAUCGCUAUUCUUGAGAAUCUAAACGAAAGGGAUAGAUCUCUACCUGGAAUAGUUGGUGCGCUCGUUACACUUCACUUAGCUGAUAACGACCGAGAAAGAGCCUCGAUUGCUCUCAAAAAUACAGUCGCUUAUUAUAAAAAGAACAAGGAAACUACCGAAAAUUUGGGAGAAUUGUGGCGACAGGCUGCUAAUUUUUACUUACGUGGUGGAGAACUCAAGAUUGCUGCUGAUAUUUUACAAGAAUUAGUAGAUGCCUCACCAUCUGACACCAAGACUUUAGCUCAAUUAGUAGUAGCUUAUGUACAGUUCUGCCCUACUAAAGCACAGUCAUUAUCCAAAAGAUUACCACCACUUCAUGAUCUCGCCGAAACUACUGACGUUGAUGCAUUAGAAAGCAGCAAUUGGGUUAUCGGAACUAAAGUAGUAAAGAAAAAGAUUGAACCUUCUCCUGGCAAACCAGUAUCAGAUGUAAUUCAAAAGAAGCACAAGAAACGUAAACGCAGGGGUAAACUACCAAAGAAUUAUGAUCCAAAUGUUAUGCCAGAUCCAGAACGAUGGUUACCGAGACAUGAACGUAGUGGAUUCCGUAAGAAACGGGAUAGAAGGAAUAGAGAUGCCGCUAUGAAAGGAACACAGGGAGCCGCUACAGGAGCUAGUGAUCUUUAUGAUAUCACUAAAAUGCCUGCAAAUGCUAAGCCUUCUCCAAACCCUCGUCACAGUUCCACAGUAGAAACUUCUGGACCACGUCAGCAACAACGCAAAGUUCAACAAAAAAAGAAGAAGAAAGGUAGCAAGUGGUAACGAUUUCAUGUCAUUCCACUAAAUUCAUAGUUUUUUAUAUUAAACGAAUUAGAUUGCAUAACCUUGCAUUGAAAAGAAAUACUUGUUACUAAAAAAAUAUAAACUGAAAAAAUAAUCAAAUCGAUUUGCUACCAUGUAGCUGUAUUUUAUGAAAAACGCAAGGUGUAAUACUGCCAUUAAAAAGUAAUAUUGUACACACUAUAUGUGUGUAUCUCUCUCAUUAAAGAAAUAUUUACAACCUUUCCA